AAAGACAUUGGAGAGAACUGCUGAACUUUGACUGAUUGGCCUCUGAAUGACCUUUGCCUUCUGCCCUUUGACCCUCGUCUCCCUCCAGUUCUAUGGCUAUCUCUCUCAGCAGCAGAACAUGAUGCAGGACUAUGUUCGGACCGGAACCUACCAACGUGCCAUCCUUCAGAACCACGGUGACUUUAAGGACAAGGUGGUGUUAGAUGUGGGCUGUGGUUCAGGUAUUCUGUCGUUCUUUGCGGCGCAGGCCGGAGCAAGGAAGGUCUACGCUGUGGAGGCUAGCACCAUGGCCCAGCACGCAGAGGUGCUGGUAAACUCCAACGGAAUGGGGGAUCGUGUGGUGGUGAUAGCAGGGAAGGUGGAGGAGAUCUCUCUACCAGAGCAGGUGGACAUCAUCAUCUCUGAACCCAUGGGAUACAUGCUCUUCAACGAGAGAAUGCUGGAGAGUUACCUACACGCCAAGAAGUUCCUCAAACCCAACGGUAACAUGUUCCCCACUCUAGGUGACGUCCACCUGGCUCCCUUCACAGACGAACAGUUAUACAUGGAACAGUUCACCAAGGCCAACUUCUGGUAUCAGCCAUCGUUCCAUGGUGUUGAUCUGUCAUCGCUGAGAAGAAGCUGCAGUGAGACGAGUACUUCAGACAACCCAUUGUG